AUGAAUUAAUUGUACAAGCUUACACCUCAAGAGUUGGCAACAAGAAAGGAUAUCGUAGUGCUCAGCGAUAAGGGAUUGCGAUUCAGGGAAGAGAUUAAAUCUAAGGAUCAAUUUGAUUUGGAUGAUUUUCAUUUGCCUCAAAGUAAUUCUGCCAUUUUACCAUCAAGUCAAUCAGUAAAAAGAUAAACCAUAUACAAGAAGGUAAGUGCUCUAAGGAGAGAAACCAGUUGAAUUGCUAGUGGCUGAUUUGAAGAAAGAAUUGAAUAUCAGUAGACCGUAUAUGGAGAAGGCCCUCGAGAAGAUGACAGUCAAGAUAACCUAAGAAAAACCGUCUGCAGCCAUUAAUAACAAGUUACAAAAACUAUAUCAAGAAUUAGACAAACAUACCCGCUUGUUGGAAGCAAGGAAGGUGAAAUUUCAAAAGAAACCUAUCGAAUAAUAGAAGUAGGAUCAAACUUCAAUUUUGGAAGAAUCAGAAUUCCAAGACAAAGUGGCAUCUCUUAACGCAUUGGAAGCCAGAAUUUGGAGAAUGCAACAGAACUAUUAAAAUGAAAUCAGAAUCAGGGAAGAUACCUUGAAAGUAGCUAUAACUAUCUUACUUGUAGAAAGUUAAGCAAAAUCUAAAUGUGAUGAGAAUUUAAAAGGAAGCUGAAAUCGAAUAGGUUCCAGUCCCUGUUUAGGUGGAACAACUUCAAUAAUCUCAAUAUCUGGACAGGAAAUAAGUCAGGCUUAAGGAUUAUUAGAAAUACAAAUUUGAAGUAUUCCAUGUCAAUAUUCAUAGAAAGGGUGGAGUAGACAGCCUCCUCCAUCCUAUACUUCCAAGCAAGUCUUAAUCGAAGAGGAAAGAAAGAAGCAACUCCAAUUAAUAAAAGAAUAAUAGGAGUAUGAGUAGGAGUUGCUGAGAAGAAAUGGACAUUCAAACUUCAACAAUACAGUCAAUCAGGAAACACAUGAAUAAUGAAUUAAAUAUCUAUU